AUGUCGUACCAGCAGAAAAGGUUUUAUCUUUUUAACUGUGACAACACUUAUAGUUUAGAGACAGUUGAGAAGCUUUUGCUUGAGGCAGGCGACAAAUAUGGCUUCAAAAUCUCGGUUGAUCGUCUUUGUUUUGGCCUGCAACGAAUGGCUGAGGUGUACGAAAGGACAUUACCUCACCUGGUAAUGGAUUAUGCUAUCUUUGUUGUUCAUGCAGACGAAUCUCGUCUUUCCAUCAACGAAGACAACGCUGGGAUUGGUUACGCGAGGCUUUACCGUGCUCUGCUUCAAAAAACAGGUGGGUUUUAAUGUAGCUUGCAUUGACUUCCAUUGUUUCUGCGGCUAAACUUCAGAACAGUAGAAUUGUAUAUAUUUCAUAAAUUCAACGCAGACACCAUUUAAACCCGUCAGUAAAGAGUCUUCCGAAAAUUAACGCACAGAUAAUGGUGAUAUGAGAACAGAAAAUCAUUUAUACGUUUUAUAGAGCCACGUAUGCAUAAGGCACGGCGGAAGUGCUACAACCAUUUCGAUAUCUAACUUCUAGGUCACGUGACGGAGUGCCACGUAAAGAAAUGAAUGUCUGGUGCGACAUUAGAAAACUGGAAGCAUAUCUUGGAGAGAUUUCGCAAUAGUGUCCAAUGUUUUUCGUACGAUAUUUAGGUGACAAGAGCGGAAACAUUUCUUGGAAAGCCGUGGCCAUGACAGGUGACCACUGAAACCGGAAGCGUUUCUUAGAAAGGCGGAAGUGUUACAACAUUUUCGAUACCGAAAGAUAUUAGGUGACAAGGGCGGAAGCAUUUCUUGGAAAUAACACAGGCACGGAAGGUGACCACUGAAACCGGAAGCGUUUCUCAGAAAGGCAGAAGUGUUACCUAAAGAUAUUAGGUGACAAGGGCGGAAGUAUUUCUUGGAAAUACCUCAGGCAUGGAAGGUGACCACUGAAACCGGAAACGCUUUUCGGAAAGAUUUUGUAACACCGAAUUCAAUAUAAACGGUAGAAAAUUUAGUUAACACACACCCGCGAAAUUAAAUGAUUGAUACUUUGAUCGUAAUAAAAUAGUGGGUAUAAAGUAAAUAGAGCUAUAAUAAAUAUGUUGAAAUCCUGACCUUCCUGUCAGCCAGGUUUAAUGUAUCACAUCAAAACUCUGUAUGAAGUUAUGAAUAUAUGAAAAUCAUAAAUGUGAACUGUGGAGUGAAGAAUUAUAAAGGGUCUGAAUGGGUCAUUAUAUGAAAGUAGAUCAUCGCAGUUAUAGACGCAACUUUUGCAGUUGCGUCUAUAACUGUAAUGAUCUUCCGUCAUAUAAUUCUUCACUCCACAGUUUACAAAUAUGAUUUUCAUAUAUUCAUAACUUUAUCAUCAUCCUUUAACGGGUUUAUAACGAACCAAUUCAACGACCUGCUCUCAGUUGUCACGUAAGCUUAAUUGGUAGAGCGCUGCACCGGUAUCGCAGAGGUCAAGCUUUCUUUUCGCAACUGCAAAAGUUGUGUCUAUAACUGCAAUGAUCUUCCUUGAUAUAAAACUCUGUAUACUGCUCAAUUUACAGCCAUUCCAUGUUGCCACUUUUUUUUUCAGAUAAUAAAGUGCUGAUUGUGAUAGGAGGAGACAAAUAUUACAGAGAUGAAGACGAAAAAACGCGUUCUGUCAUCUCGCGCUGGGCGAGAAGGAAGGUGUCUUCCCAGUUUGGUGAAGAGUUUCUGGAUGGAAGACAAAGCUUCAUCUUCUCUUGGAAUGAAAAUCACCGACCGAUUCACGAGGAAGCGAUGUACCACUUUCUAGAACCCCGCAAAAGAGGAUGCAAGUUUGAAUACACACCUCCCAAACCCCUGCCCAAGCCCGUAGCACCUGUGGUCCCUCAACCCUUACCGAAGCCCGAACCAUCUGCGGCCCCUUGGACAACAGGCACUUACCCGAGACCGGAGGUAAAGCUAAUUUCCGUUUCCUUUCUUCCAAACAUCCUUUUUGUAAGAACUAAGGGUUAAUUCUCUAAGGAAUGUUCGGUAAAGGCAAUUCAAGAGAGCGCUCCUCCUACAACUAAUAAUCCCCGGGCAUUUUUUUCAUUUUAGAAAAGGUUAAAUGCCCCCUAUGUCGAGCAGUUAGUAUCAGAAAUCAAAUCAAUAUUGCUUCCCUGUGAAGAACAAAAUUAGUAUUAACCAAUCAGUUAAAAAAUAUUAUCAAGUCGAGGACGAUACUUUUUGCGACAAAUUUUCUAUUUUCGUCCAAAUAUUAGCCAAAAUUAUCACCGCGAAUCUUUUUCUUAUUUACCUUAAAUUGAAAAAAAGCUGACGAUAAGCUGCAAUAGUACGGUCCUUUCCGGCCCUCCCCCCCCGAGGAGCAUGUGCUGCUGGCCUCUCAGAGCCCAUACCCCAUUACAGUCUAUUCUGUGGCCAAUUAUAGACCCCAUCUUAGCCACUCAGAUGCGAACCCAUCCAGCGGCUCAUCCCCAUUAGCCUCUUAUAAGAAAGUACUCCCCCGGGCUUUCCCACCUUUUAAAACUGGCAGCACUUAGUAGAAACCAAACAAAAUACGUUUUCAAAAAUUUUAGGUGUGCAAAAGAUAAUUAUGUUGUUUUUCCUGGUGGACCAUAGACUCACAGAAAACACAAAAUCGAAGUCUAAUUGCUAAAUAGAAUUCAAAUAACAAUUACCAUAAAAAUCUGAAGCUGUUUAUUCAUCAUAAUUCAAAGUUGUUGAGUCUCCUUGUCUAUCCUUUUCUAGGACUUUCAAGAUGCUAAGACUCCUCACCGUAGAUCCUUCAACAACUUGCCGGAAUCACAAAAAAGUGAGUUGACAUAUGAUUUGGAGAAAGGCACUUAUGAAGGUGAAAUACUCUCUCUUUGGGUGUUUGGAAAAACAUAGUUAAACUUAUAUACUACUAUUAACAUAGAAGUACACCUUUUUUUAGGAUAUUCUCCUGGUCGUCUAGCCAUCAUCUCUCACUGACGAACAGCCCAUACAAAAAACCGUAUUAUAGCUGUAGUGUUAAAAGUGUAUGUUUUGCCAAAGUUUAAAACGUUGUUGUUUUUCUUUUUUUAGUUGUUGAUCGUUGUAUCUAGUUACGCCGAUGUUUAAAGUUAUCGAAUCGUAAUCUGAUAUGAUAUGGAUGUUGAUAGAACAAAUAUGCUCUGAAACGUUCCUUCUUGUAUCAUUAAUUGUGAUGAAAUAGACCAUUCUUUGCGUAAAAAAAGGUUCUUAUCUGAAAUUGUCAAUGGCCAGCUCAGAUAGUUGUCAUCUGUAUGAUAUCAUUUCCUUUCUUUCCUUUCACUUGUCCGGCUCCAGCGCAGGCGUAUUUUAGCUUCUCAGGCCAACCUCGUUUCCAGGAUCCUCUCUCUUGCCUCGAGAAAGAAGGCUGGAGAGAGAACCCCAGGGAUUGUAGUCAGGCGUCCCCGCCCCCACCCCUUCGUUGCAGGGAUUAAGUAACAAGUCAAAAGAGCUUGUGCGUAGGACACGCUUUGUUAAGAAAUAGUAAGGCAACGUACAACAUACAUCUCAUAAACUGUGUGAUUCUUUCAUAUUGUAGCUUUAAAUAUGGGUGGUAGUGGAGUACCACCUGUUUACCUAGCAGGGACCGUGUUAUUGGAGACAUACGUGCGUUAUGGAAGUAUUUCAUUUAACACUGGGGACAUCUUCCAGGAGGAAGGAGGAUGGCGACCAACAGCGAAACAGGUGUCAGACCUUAUGAGUGGCUUCAAGUCCAUGCCUUUGGCUAAAGUAACUUUCGUCAGUACUGGUAACGGGGGGGUUUCUUAUUCGGUUGUCAAGGUGACAACUGACGAUUGGUGGGAGCGCUGGUUGUCUUGGCUUAAGAGAAACUACAAGGUCUGUACUGUGGCGUGCGUUUUAAGCCUGGUUGUCUUGUUUGGGUAUUUGUGGAGUAGUAAGGAUUAGUUUAGGCGCGGUUAAUUGUUUACCAUUUACGAAAAGAUUCCGAAAAAUCUGGUUGGAAAGUGAAUGGAACUUUAUAAGGCUCGAUUACCAACAGCUGUUCGUGAUAUGAGCCUGCCCCUAAGCGUGUUCUAUGGAACAUGCGUACGAUUUCUUAUGUUAUUCCAGUGGAAAAUUUCCGGGAGCAACGGAACAUCUGACAAGGUAGUCCUGUUUUUCCGGGAGAAAGGUUCCAAGUGGAAACUUUGAUACCAUUUUCAGGCUUUCGCGGCCGUUAACUGAUUUGUGCACUAAGGAUGGUAAACACUGCCAGUUUUCUCAUGUAAAUGGUAAACAACCGUUGACUGCAGACAAGUCGCUGAGACUGCAAGUAGAGAGUACAUGUAAUAUCGUAGCAACAUGUCUGAUGAAAAAGACAACAAUAUUGUAGUCGAUUUAGUUCUGUCUAUCUUUCAAGACCAAGCUUUCUGGUCGCGUUGAUUAAAAGUUUAAAAAACACGUUUGAAUCCUUAUUGUUUGCUGUCUACAGGCUUAUUUAUUUGUAGAAAUUUUUGUUCUCUGCCCGACCUUCGUUAACUUGAAUAUAAAUCUGUUCACUUAAUACCAUUUCCUACAUUGGCGCCUCUGGAAAAGCAUCAAUUUUGUGACGGUCGUGACUAGAAUGGAUACUCCAAAAUCAGGUAUCCGCUCGGAGACUGGAACUGAAUAAGAUUAUUUUUCGGCAAAUCGCUCCGACUCUUUACGACCUUGUUGUGUUCAAAGAGAUAAGUAUACGAAGACUGAAAAAGGCUAAGAUGAGAAUGGUUACUCCAAAAUAUGGAUCAAAGCCUACAUAGAGGUUAGUUGUUUUUCACGUUCUUUCUGUAAGAAUUCAGUGCAAGGAGCAAACAAUGUCUGUUUAAUUACAGUACCACUACUGCGACUGCCCAGUGACUGCCGUGUAAAGCUUAUUCAUAGCGAAGUAACUGUUUGGAUAGCUCAGAAUAAGGUGGAUACUUCAGAAUAAGAAUGGCCGAAGUAUGGAAGUUUUGGAGGAUUCUCACCAGACCUUAAGGUGACGGUAAGGAACCACUCAUUCAGACCUUAAGGUAUGGAGGAGCUCAAUCUAGAAAAGAAUUUUCUUGGCACUGUUGUCCUCAGUUUGAUCUAGAAAUAUGGAGGGCAGGGGACCUCCCCUAGAUCCACUGCUGGCCUCUGCCAGCCUCCCCUUGUUCACCUGCUAUCUUUUUACAUUUACUAGAAUCUCUAGUAUCAAUCCAAAUUAUUUAUCCUAAAUAUUAGGAUUUUUGCAAAGUUAUUUAUAGUUACUUUUUUGCACUUUUAUUUUGUUUUGUUUUUUUCAAAUCCCAGGAGCCUCAUUGUCACCAAAGCUCUCUGCCUUCUAUACCCUAUCCCACACUGAACUGUCUGACAACAGUCCUCAGCCAAGUGGUACUAUCAUGGUGUUGAAAAGUGUGGAAAUAGAUCCUGUUGAUCCUGGGAUGAAUUCUUUUUCUUUUUCUUUCCCCUUCCUCCACUCAAGGGGAGGGGGGAAGUGUUUUCCUUCCCCUCUCUGUGAGCUAUUACCUAUUUCCUUGAUUACCUUCUGAGCUGCUGAUGAGACAAGACCUUCAGCAUUAAGCUGGUUAUGGGCUACUUUUUGUUUUUCACUUAGUAUGGUGAGCUUAUCAUAAAUUUAAAAUGGAAUAAAAAUGGUCAUGCAGGCAUAUCCAUGUUGCAGCUGUAACAGGAGGAGGAGUUGGAGGUCUGGGGGGUGUUGCAGGCAAAUGCUUGUGAGGAACAGAGAAACCAGUUGGAGAAAGAAAUGAAGAAAUGAGGAAAAUUGGAGAAGGCUUCAAGAGAAAAAGCAAAUAAAAUGAAAAAAAAAAAAAAAAAAAAAAAAACAGGAAAAAAAAAAAAAUUUUCAUUGAGGCCAAGCAGUUGGCUGCUCAGUUGCAUGUCUGGGUAGCUUGACCAUUUGGUUAAUAAAAUUCUCAAAACCACAAACAAACCACUCUAAGAAUUUUAUAAAAUGUGUAAAAAAAUUGCUUAUUACUUUUAUAAAAAUAAAGUCAUUUGUUUACAAUUCUAAAACCACUUUUUCAUUUCUACCUUUUAAUAAUAAUAAUAAUAAUAAUAAUAAUAGACACUUAUAUAGCGCAGUAUCUACUAAUUGCUCAAAGCGUUUUACAAUAAUAUGGUAAGAGACUAGAGUUAAAAACUAUUAUAACAUAAAAUAAAAAUUAAAUAAAGCUACUAAAAUCAAACAUCGUAGGCUAAUUUAAAUAAGUAUGUCUUCAACUGCAUCCUGAACUGGUCGACAGAUGUAACACUCCUGAGUUCAGGGGGUAAUUGGUUCCAUAACCUAGGAGCAGCUGCGGAAAAAGCCCCAUCACCAUACGUCUUUAACCUAGUCCUAGGCACGGCUAGAAAAUUCUGGGAACUAGAACGAAGUAAGGUAGUUUUGGUAGCAGAGAAAGGCCCCCAGUUCAGUGCAUUACAAAUAAUUAUCACCUACAAAGUUAUCUAUCAUCUAAAUUAAAAAGGAACAACCAAAUCAUUUCCUUGUGGUACCUGCCUAAUAUCAAAAUGAAUAACUAAAAUACUGUAAAUGAGUAAUAAUUAUUGAAGUAGGGUAUAUCCAGGUCGUUUUAGCUUAACAAAACAAAAACACAAGGUAAGUCAUUCUUAUUUCUAGUUUUGUCAAAAAAUGGAAUUUAGGACGUAUUUUGUUUAUUGCCAUACAUUCUCCUAUAAAUUCUAAGUCCAACAAACUCUUUCAGAGUUUGGGCUACCUGUGGAUGGGGCAACAUUUCAUGACAGGAUGGACUAUAAUGGGGCUGCAUUUUCAACACCCUCAAUGUGACUGGAAUUUACAAAGGUUCAGAAAGCAGAUUCAGGGAUACAAAAUGACUAACUUGGAAUCACACAGUUUACAUUUGCCAAAAGUAGCUAACAUUGGGCCUUUUGGUCAUAGAAAAGACUAUAAAAGGAUUUGGGUGAUCUGGUUGGCUAAUUGUGCCAGAUACCCAGUGCACCAAAAGGUUGACCCAAGUAUCCCACAGGUUGUGAGGGUCACUUUGGUUUUUAUAAUCUCAUAAAGUAUCCAUUCUUCUCACACUAAACUAAACAGCAACUUACCACUUAAAAAUUAAAAAAAAUCAACCAUAAUACAGUGAAACCUGUAUUAAGCGGACACCCUCGGGGAAUGCUGUAGUGUCUGCUUAAUACAGGGUGUCCGCCUAAAACAGAUUUCCACAGAUGACGUCAUAUGAGGUGUCAAAUGCCAUUCAAAUGAACAAUGGAAACGUUUAGAAUACUCAGGCGAGUGAAACAAGCUCUAUACAAACAAAACGAAAUAGAAAACAAUACUGUACUGUGAAACUAAUCAAAUAAGCUCGCCAAGUCAUGUUUUUUUAAUGUGAAAUGGAACAAUUUGUGGGUGGCAAUUCGAGGCAAUCUUUCGCAUUUCCAGUGUCUGAUGUGUUGGGUGGUGGAAUUUAAUUACAAGUGUCCAUUUAAUACAGGUUGGCAACAAUAGAAAUGACCAUGUCAGGUACUUUUUAAGUGUCCGCGUCCGCUUAAUAGAGGUGUCCGCUUAAUAAAGGUUUCAUUUAAAGUUAAUAAGGGAAAUAAAUUUGGGGACUUCGGCUAGUGUCCGCUUAAUAGAGGGUGUCCGCCUAAUACAGGUUUCAAAGAAAACAGAAAUAGUUUAUGUUGAGCCAUAAAUUGAACAACUGUCUGCUAUCCCGGGGGGGGGGGGGUACUCCCUUAUAUGGCCUCCACAGGGAUGUGCCGCUGGACAGGGUAUGGUUUUGGCCCUCUCUGUCCUAAACAGGGUAUAUAGUUUGGCACAAGUCUGUCCUAAACAGGGUAUGCAAUUUCGUGCAAGUCUGUCCUAAACAGUGUGCAUGAUUUGUGCGAAUCUGUCCUAAUGAUAAACAGGGUGUUUCAUACAUGAUCGAUUUUGUCUUAGUGCAAACGUUUGCAGAUAUUUAGUACGUCAUCACCCAAAGCAUCUACUGGAAUACAUAUAAAUGCUAUUGUUCUUGGCACCUUUGUCUAGCUAAGAUAAGUACAAGUUGACAGGUGUGCUUGAUAACCUUGUCCCCGUCUGAGGGAGUUGUCCUAUCAGGGUACUAAAGUUGAGGGUGAUAUCCUAAACAGGGUAUGUGUUUCAAACCCUCAGCGGCUCACCUAUAACCAAAUAUUGGUCGAGUACCCCCCCCUCCCUGGGCUGCUAUCCUUUUAGCAAGCUUCGAAUUAACUGAGCCAUAAUUACACAAUGGUUGACUGUAUUUGUACCCUCUUUGUAAACGUAACAAUCAUGUUUAUAUUGGGAAGUUCAGUAAUAAUAAUCCAGAUGGCCAAAACUUCCAUAUUUUGGCCAUUCUUAUUCUGAAGUAUCCACCUUAUUCUGAGCUAUCCAAACAGAUACUUCGCUAUGAAUAAGCUUUACACGGCAGUCACUGGGCAGUCGCAGUAGUGGUACUGUAAUUAAACAGACAUUGUUUGCUCCUUGCACUGAAUUCUUACAAAAAGAACGUGAAAAACAACUAACCUCUAUGUAGGCUUUGAUCCAUAUUUUGGAGUAACCAUUCUCAUCUUAGCCUUUUUCAGUCUUCGUAUACUUAUCUCUUUGAACACAACAAGGUCGUAAAGAGUCGGAGCGAUUUGCCGAAAAAUAAUCUUAUUCAGUUUCAGUCUCCGAGCGGAUACCUGAUUUUGGAGUAUCCAUUCUAGUCACGACCAUUUUGUGACCCCUUGCGUGACCACUAACAAGUUCGGCGAGUGCGCAUUCCCGGAUGUCGUCCCAAAUUCCGGGAAAUUCCCCAACAAAGAGACGACCUUGCGACGCACAAUGAGGUGAAAACGACAUGGCGAAUCAGUUAAAAUUUUUCCUUUUUAAUUGUGACAACACUUAUAACUUAGAAGUAGUGGAGAAGUUUUUGCUUGAACUUGAGGAGAAGUAUGGUCUCAAAUUCUCGAUUGAUCGUCUCACUUUUGCGUUACCGCUAAUGGCUGAGGUGUGCGAAAAGACUUUACCCAAGCUGACGAUGGACGUCGCUGUUUUUGUUGUUCAUGCAAAUGAAUCUCGUCUCUCCAUCAACGAAGACAACGCUGGUAUUGGUUACGCGAGAAUCUACCGAGCUUUGCUCCAUAAAACAGGUGGGUUUCUGAAUGUAGUUUCUUUAGUUUGUCUGAUUCUGUUAGGGCCGUUGUUUUAAAGUGCAAACCACUUAAUCAUAUAGUUCGUAAAUUCCAUGCUGUGGAUCCCAAGUAGUAAAUCGUAAGACAUGCAACAGUUAACGCAUAAAUAUCAAACAUAAAUAACAACUAAACGUAUUGAAGGCACAUGUCAGCUGACAUAUGCAUGUAAAGGAAAGGCGGAAGUGCUAUAUGGCACCUUGUUUUUCUCGCUAAGUAUUCAGACAUUGCAGCUUCGCCAUUCUGCGUUCACACAUUUUAACUUCUUAUUAAUAAAAAAACUACUUCAAUUGGGCUUCUGUAAAAAUAUCGGAUGGGAAAUGGUAAAUCAGUGAAGAAAGCGUGUGAAGGGAGCAAACUCCAUGAAGUACUUUCGAUUUCGAUCGUCACGAGGUCGCGCGUCACGGUAUGUCAACCGAAAAAGGAGGAAGCAUUUCUUAGAAAGAUUGUCACAAUUUCUUGUAAAAUACUGCGGCUUAACUUUAGUGGCUGUAGUUUCAGCAGCCCCUUUUUCGAAUAUCCAACGGCCUGAUAUAAUGAAUACAUUGUGACCGUAAACAAACAUUGAGAUCUGACUUAGGACGAUGAAGAUGGGCGCGACCAUUCAACCCCAAUUUCCGGUAAUUUCGGUCCAAAACUCAAUGGAUCGGUGCGGUCCAACCAGAAAAGUUUCGAAAAAACUGGUCCACCUUUUGACGUGGACCACUUUUCCCGGCCGAACUGGUCGGAAUUUUGGUUGAAAGGAUCGCGCCCGAUACCUGAGGAUAUCGCCACGGAUCAACAGAUCGUUCGAGCUAUUAGAUCGAUGCCUGGAUCGCCCUGAUCGCCGGGCGGCCUCUGUCUGUUCAAGAGUUGAUAGGCCGCACAUCUUCACCGGCGUGAAACCUUUGAAAACCUUCUACAUAUUGCUCCAUUGAGGAGAACUCUUUCAGGGAUCUUACAGUUUAAAAUUUGUACCAUGAUAUAGCUUAUAUAUAGCGGACCAAGACACGGCUCGGUACAGUUUAUGUUCAGCAACGGAAAAUUGUGUAAGUUGAGCAGAACCUUUUUUUUAUGUACAACAGACAAUUUGUUCAGUUCGCGCGUAUUCCUGUUGAAUUUGUGGCCCGUUUAUGAGAUUUGUCUACUCAAAAAUAUAAUAAUUUUUCCAUAGCUGCUGUUAUCUUAGGGUAUCUGCUUUUAAUAUCUCCAUAAAGUUUAGGUUUACGCGAUCUCAGAGAACAAUGUUCAGCUGUACACAGCACGUAGUCUUUAAAUAUAUCCAGAUCUAACACUGGUUUUGUGUAUUUAUCACGUCUUUAGUAGAAGCAUGAUUUAAAUACAUUAUGAUGCUGUGUCCUUUGAAUGUCGUUUUGAAACUCAAUCGCUUUGUAAAUGUCUCUCGUAGUUUUAAUAUCAGAGGAGAGUAUUUUAAAGCUCGAUAUUUUUCAAUACCAUUAGCAUGUUGUUUUUUUACCAAUCAAUUGACUGGCUUCUUUGUGCCACUACAAAAUGUUUGCAGUUAAACAUAAGUUUACAAGCAAGACCGGCGGUUUCGUAUCUUACGAUUAUCCUCAGUUGCUAUGUGGUGGGAUGGUUGAGGUGAACUCUGAACUAUUCCGAGGGAAGAGGCCGACAACAUUUUGCACCCGUCGGAUGCAAUCUUCUUCAUCAUCAUCAUCAUCUUCUUCUUCUUCUUCUUCCUAUGGAUAUACACCGGUGGAUGAAUGGGACUGAACGAUCUAUGGAUCAGUUGAUCUGUGGUGGAUCGGUGUGGAUCAUUUCUGGUUAAAUUGAAAGCCUCAGUAUAACACUGGCAUCAUUACUUAUCCACAUACAAUAUAACUGAACAAAUAUUGCAAAUCUUCUAUAAUGUCUCCUCUCAAUUUGCCCCCUGCCGUUUUGAAAAAUGAAUUGUUAUUAAUCUCCGUUUUCUGUUAUCUGAUUUACGUUCUGUUUUACUUUAUGUCGUUGCAUGAUUUCUGUUCUGGUGGAUCUGCCGUGGGCUGAUCAAAACUUGGCAUAUAGAUAUUGCUCAGUUUACAUGACUGUCCACUAUCACUUCUCUUUCAGAUGAUAACGUGCUGAUCGUUCUAGGCGGAGACACUAAUUACAAAGACGAAGAAGCACGGUCUGUCAUCUCGCGCUGGGCAAAACGGAAGGUGGCUUCGCAGUUCCGAGAAGAAUAUCUGGACGGGAGGAAAAGCUUCAUCUUCUCUUGGAAUGAAAAACACCGACCGGUUCACGAGGAAGCAAUGAGGCAUUUUCUCGAUCGCAGAAAGAGGGGAUCCAAGUUUGAAUACACACCUCCCAAACCCUUGCCGAAGCCCAUAGAACCUAAAGUCCCUCGGCCCUUGCCAACGCCCAUACUGCCUUUGGAGCCUCCAACAGCCAGUGCAGGCCAAGAUCUGGGUAGAGAGGUAGGCUAUAACCUCCAUCUUACUAUAAAUUCUCCGAUUAAUCAAUUCUUUCAACCCCAAAACAGCCACAAUUAGGAUUGCGUCUACAGACUCACCACCUCUAACACGACUCUAUCAUCCACUCUGUGAGUAAAAGGCUCUUUAUUCAUUGCUAUGGUGGGUGAUAAAGGAGUAUACAGUUAUUUCGAGCCGAGAAGGGUUGUCGCACGAGACAGUCCCAAAAGGUAACAUGGGAUAUGAUGAAUACACUGUUCUUGACACUGUAGCUGUCGAACCUACUUUGUUUCUUUCCUUUAGCACUCGCAAAACGUACCUCCAUGGCCUCUCGUGCCAUUCUUUCAAAUUUCUUCGAAGAACAGUGAACUCAGUAGUCACGACCAGUCUCAUUCCUUUCACCUCUUUGUGGGUGACCAAUCAACAGCUCACCCUCUGAACCACAUUAAGAUUAUAGGGUGGAUUAGGAUUAUUAACGAGAUCCAUGACAUUAUACAGCGAUCAUACGUAAUGUUUAUUGACUCCUCUCAUUGGUGGGAAACAGUUCUUUUUUAGGUCUCCUUUUUCAGAGUAUCUUACUGAAAGAUCAGACGACGAUAGGUGUUUGAAGAGAGUCCUCAGUUAGUAUAUAGUUCAUAAAAUUAUACCUCAUGAGAACUGUCUUUUGACUCCUCGCAUAGUCGUCUUUGGUAAGAUGUGACAACGAAAUACUUAUCCCGGACGACAAAGAAGAGGAUAAUGUACCCCGCCGAAGAUCCUUCAGCGAUCGGGAUAAGACGAAAACUGAGUUGAGACAUGACUUGGAGGAAGGCACCUAUGGAGGUAAAAAGCUGUCUCAGUUUCUUUUUUAAGAAUAUCUGUAAGUAUCCGAUUUGUUUUACAAAUGAUUAUUGGAGCCACCUGCCCGAGUAGUUACGUUAUAUCCGUUAUUAAUAUCUAUGCAUUGUCACUAGCUUAAUCAUGUCUGUUGAAACGUAACGGCGCUGGUACAUGAAAGUUCCUCGCAAUGAAUAACGCGAACAUGAAAUAACUAGAUAACGCUUUAGAGGUAGCACAUCUACAUAGUGGCUUUGGCUUCACCUACCUGAUUCCUGGUUGAUUUGGAAUUCUAAAAUGUUGGUUGUAGAGGAAUAAGGAAAACCGGAGUACCCAGAGAAAAUCCUCUCGGAGCAAGGGAGAGAACCAACAACAAACUCAACCCAUGCACAUAUGUUGCCGACACCGGGAUACACCGGGAUUUGAACCCGGGUCACAUUGGUGGGAGGCGAGUGCUCUAACCACUACAGUUGCUCCAAUGCCCGCUUGCUCCCCUCCCUAGUUCCAGAUCGUGGGCUUUUUACUUCCCCGUCCUGACUUAGAUGUUUCACAAUUCCGUCAAAAAAUACUCCAUAACGUGAAAAUCACUCAAAAUGAUCCAUUUGAGUGCAAUGGACACACUACAGAACCCCGCGGUACAGAGAUACAGGGGCCGAACUAUAUAUUCAGACGGUUUAUCUAAUAAAAUGAAAAGUGCUUACGACCAACAAAACAGAUCGUAACACAAGUGAACCUUUGACAUUGCAGCAAUACGUUCUGGUCCAACACCGGCCUCUUACCAAGGAGACACUAUUCUACUGCAGGCAAAAGUGCGUUUUGGAAAGAUUUCUUACGAAGAUGGUGAUGUCCUGCAGAGAAAUCCAGGAUGGCGACCUUCAGAGAAACAGAAGGCAGAUGUCAUGGAGGACCGGAAGUCUGAUGCUGUCCGUAUAGUGACGUUUUACCAAACUAAGGAUGGGUCAGUUACUUAUGAGUAUGACAAGCCAGCACCUCCUGAUCGCCAGGGCUGCUGUUACUUGAUUUGGAGAUGUAUCGUCGCGUGUUUUUGGGGCCUUGUUCACUAUCUCCGGCUGUUUUGUAGGUGGUGCUCUGACAAAUGUAAUGGCCGUUAACUUUAAGAAAAUCAGCCCGUAAAAUCGCUCCAAAUUUUCCCGCAAAAAGCAUCAAGUAUGAUAUAAUGAUGUCAAGAAUUGAAGUAAUGUAAAGGAAACAAUAAAAUCAUAAAAACCCUCAGGUGAAGUCAGAACUUACUGGGUAGAGAGAAGGAUCGCAGCCAUAGGAACGAGAAUGACCAGGGCAAUGUAGCUGCCUACCAGGUCGGCGCCUUGCUAAUUUACGGGUUAAGAAAGUAAUUCUAGAAAUGCAGGCUGAGCGUGCCUCCUACAAUCAUGUAGAACUACUUAGAAAGUUGUCAAUAAAAAUCAGUCUUUGG